UCUCUGCGAAGAAGAAGCUGAAAACGGAAGUGAAGCUUUCCGGUGUCCUUGUGCGACAGCUUGUGAAGAUGUACAGACACGUAUUUGCUUUCCAGCAGGUGGCUCGGCGGACCUUCUCCAGCUCUGCCCGCCGGCAGCUGGCUAACAAAGUCCCAGAGAAACAGAAGUUGUUUCAGGAGGAUAACGGUCUGCCGGUCCAUUUGAAAGGAGGCACCACUGACGCUCUGCUGUACCGACUGACCAUGACACUCACUGUGUUCGGAACAGCAUACGCUGUGUAUAACCUGUGGAAGGCAUCGUUCCCUCAGAAGAAAGAUUAACUUCACUGCCUCAGAGCUUUUCCUCCAUGUUUAAACCGGCCGGCCGCUCUACAUUGUGUUAAAGAUGAUGCUCUGUCUGUGUCGAGCUGUGUGUUUCCCGCCGUCGUGGGUUAUUAUUCCAUGUUCAUGGGAUCAAUAUUUAUUUCUUGUACUCUCUCUCUGAACCUGAAGAUCAAUAAAAAAAAUCUCAUGACCCAAA